AUGCCCCCCCCCGCCACUCGGCCUUUUCUCUGCACGCGGCUCCUGCCUCUUGACCAAGCGGACAUCCUUGGAACCGAGGCCCUCCUAGCCCUAGCCACCGCGGGGCUGUGGAUGUCCAUGUCGAACAAGCUUCAGAAAACGCGGGGCAGCGGAGUGGGACGACUGGUGAGACCAACGAAUCGCCUGGGUAGAGUAAGCUGA